UGCUCAUUCAUCGCCGAAGAAAGUGAGUGAGCGAGCGUGAGUGUGAGCGAGUCCAGAGGAGAGGCAGGAGCAUGCGGCAGUUACCUGUGUGUGUCAUAUUGUGUGCCUUGUUGCCCUUCGUGAACUGCCAGAGGAGAUCCGAUGACAAGAAGGAAGAGGUGGAGUUUGUGUGUCCCGAGGGCCAAGGGAACGGCAACUUCGCCGACCCCGCCACCUGCCGGAGGUUCUACCAGUGUGUGGACAACUACCCCUACCUGAACAGGUGUCCUUCGGGGCUCUAUUUUGAUGAUGUCAACAAGUUGUGUACUUUUAAGAAUGAGGCGAGAUGCGGGCCAUUGCCUACUACGGUAGCACCGAGCACGGAGCCACCUCAGGACUUGGCCCAGAAGUGUGAUACGUCUAAGUGUGUUCUGCCCUACUGUUUCUGUUCUCGGGAUGGCACUAUCAUCCCCGGCGGCCUUGACCCUGAGGAUACUCCCCAGAUGAUAUUAGUAACAUUCGAUGGAGCCAUCAACCUCAACAACUUCCAGAAGUACACUCACCUUUUCAAUGAUAAGAGGCGGAACCCCAAUGGCUGCGAGCUAAAAGCUACUUUCUUCAUUUCCCAUGAGUACUGUGACUACAACAUGGUGCAAGAGUUGGCUCACUAUGGCCACGAGAUCGGGGUCGAGACUGUCUCGUUGCAGCAAGGGCUGCAGGACAAAGGCUACGAAGAGUGGGUGGGAGAGAUGAUAGGCAUGAGAGAGAUCCUGCGCCACUUUGCUAAUAUCUCUCGAGCAGAUAUUGUUGGGAUGAGAGCUCCAUUCCUCAAGCCCGGACGUAACACACAGUAUGAAGUAGUGGAAGAUUUUGGCUUCAUCUAUGAUAGCUCUGUAGGAGUUCCUCCACUCAGGACCCCAGUCUGGCCAUACACUCUAGACUACAAAAUCUCUCACGAGUGCAAGUCUGGUACUUGUCCCACCAAGUCCUUCCCAGGUAUCUGGGAAGUGCCACUGAAUGCUCACUAUGUAGAGACGUAUGAAGGUGGUCACUGUCCGUAUUUGGACCAGUGUGUUCUCCACAACCAUGACAAGGAUGAUGUGUUUGAGUGGCUCCAGGAGGAUUUCUACCGCUCGUACAAGCAGAAUCGGGCUCCCUACAUGCUGCCCUUCCACACAAAUUGGUUCCAGCUUAAAGAGCUUGAAGAUGGGCUCCAUAAGUUUGUUGAAUGGGUCCUCACCUUAGACGACGUGUGGUUUGUGACGGUGACGCAGGCCCUGACCUGGAUGACAGACCCUCGCCCAGUCAAGGAUCUCAACAACUACGAACCAUGGAAAUGUGACAAGACAGACCACCUGCCACCUCCUCCUUGCAACCUUCCCAACAAGUGUGCCCUCUCCUUCCGGCCUCCAGAGGCCAACGUUACAUCUACUAGAUAUCUGACCACUUGCAGACAGUGCCCCAAUAAAUACCCUUGGCUUGGAGAUUCUGAAGGUACUGGCAUUCCAGGCAGGGAUGUGUAUAAUCCAGAAAACAGAAGAAGACGUUCACUAGCAUAGUUUUCAAUUAAUUAAGCUCAUAAAAAAUUUUUAAAUUCACUAAUGAUGAAA